AUGGCUUAAAUGCUGUAUAAAUCAGUCACCACAUUUUGUUGAUGGAUGGAGAUGUAUUUGUCGUAGUCAAGAUGUCAUUGUAAAUACCAUCAUGCCCUGUUCAAUUAUUAUCAUUCAUACUUCAUCAACCAGCGUCCUAAUCUAAGUUGAUCAAACAUCGACCGUCAAUGAAAGGAGACUCAAAUCAAGAAGAAUCCAUCGUCGAAACAGAACUACAAACCGAAUUACUUGUUCACAAUCAUCAUGAUCUUAAGGGUGGUAUGAUAACCAUGCCUUUCAUCAUAGUGAAUGAAGCAUUUGAGAGAGUGGCGAGUUAUGGAUUGAUGCCGAACAUGAUAUUCUACCUCAUGGAUGUUUAUCACAUGGAACUUGCCACUGGAACAAGCAUACUUUCCAUCUGGUCAGCGCUUUCGAAUGGUCUCUCCAUUUUUGGAGCUUUCAUCUCUGAUUCCUACUUUGGACGAUUUCGGGUCAUUGCAUUUGGGUCUCUCUCCACUCUUCUUGGGAUGACUUUUCUCUGGUUAACCUCCGUGGUUCCACAAUUAACACCUUCUUCUUGCAAUGAACCCGAAACCGGUUGCAACCCAACAACACCAACACAACUAGCUUUCCUUUUCUCAUGUUUCAUUCUACUCUCAAUCGGGUCUGGUUGUAUCCGACCGUGUUCCAUAGCCUUUGGUGCAGACCAGCUUAAACACCAUCCAACCCCAAACAACCAGAGGCUCAUUGACAGCUAUUUUAACUGGUACUAUGUUUCUAUAAUGAUCUCAACAGUGGUUGCUUUUACUGCUAUGGUCUACAUUCAAGAGCAACUUGGUUGGCAAGUCGGAUUCGCAGUUGCUGUUCUCAUUAUGUUCUGUUCUGCUCUUAUGUUCUUACUCGGGUCUUCUCUUUACGUCAAAGUGAAGCCUAGUGAGAGCCUGUUUUUAGGUCUAGUUCAAGUUUUAGUCGUCGCCUUUAAGAACCGUGGGAUCGAACUUCUUCCUGAUGACUGCUACAAUCAUAGUAAAGAACUGGACCACGCUGAGCUAACCGACAACUUAAGGUUUUUCAACAAAGCGUGCGUUCUUAAAGACUUAAACAUUGAUUCUUCGGGGCUAGAUCCAUGGAGUGUGUCGAAUGUUGAAAAGGUGGAAUCCCUUAAAUCACUAAUCCGGGUAUUACCAUUGUGGUCCACGGGCAUUCUAUUAUUCACGACCAUUUCACAGAAUUUCCCAACACUCCAAGUGAAAACAAUGAACAGAUAUGUCACCUCAUGGUUCGAGAUCCCGGCUGCAUCAUUCACCAUAUUCAUGGUCUUGACACUCACAAUAUGGAUCGCAUUUUAUGAUUGUAUCUUGGUCCCAUUUAUAGCAAAAUAUACACACGAGCCACGUGGGUUCCAUCCAAAAACUCGAAUGGGCAUUGGAUUAGUAAUCUCAACCGGGGGCAUGAUGGUAUCUGCAAUUGUGGAAACCAAAAGACGGGAUUUCGCAGGUUCGAAUACAACAACCGUCAUGUCAGCAAUGUGGUUGGUUCCACAAUACGCAUUGCUAGGUUUAGCUGAGGCUUUAAAUUCGAUUGGGCAGAUUGAGUUUUACUAUUCUGAGCUUCCCAAAGGCAUGUCUAGUAUAGCCAUAGCCAUGUUCCUAGUGAGCAAUGCAAUUUCUGGGCUCUUUGGAAGCCUUUUGAUUAAAGUUGUGGACACAAUCACAACCAAAGGAGGUAACAUAAGUUGGCUUUCGAGUGAUAUUAACAAAGGUCAUUUGGAUUAUUAUUAUUGGUUACUUUGCUUUUUGAACCUGCUUAACUUUUUCUACUACUUAGUGUGUUAUCAUGUCCAUAGAAGUUCGUCAUCGUAGGAGAAUAUAGGUUGGCGCAUGAGCUCGGAGAAGAAUCUGAUUUUAGGCAUUUCAAAGAUCAAAUAUGGAUUUUUAAUUUUCCGUUUGUCAUUACUGUUGGUUCAGGCCCUUUCACACUCUACACAAACUCAUGUGUGUAUGUAAAAUUGUAGAGAAGAGGAAAUAUAAAAAAAGGAAAAAUGAAAGUUGUUGCUGUA